AAAAAAAAACAGGUGCAACACGAGGACUUCCCCUUAGGGUUUACCUUGCCCUCCAAAAACACCCCCCAAAAAUCUAACUCAAAAUCGAAACUUCCGAUUAAUUUCUAACAAAUCCGAUCACCAAUCAAGAACCCACAACGAUAGAUUUAUUCUGCAUAGAACGAUUCCCCUAAAAAAAGAACAAAGGAACCCUAGUUUUACGCCAUGACAGGGAAAGCGAAGCCAAAGAAGCACACGGCGAAAGAGAUCGCCGCGAAGGUCGACGCCGCCACCACCAACCGCGGCGGAGGAAAGGCAGGUUUGGCGGACCGGUCGGGGAUAGAAAAGGGCGGUCACGCGAAGUUUGAGUGCCCGCUCUGCAAAGCGACGGCACCGGACAUGAAAUCGAUGCAGAUCCACCACGAUGCGAAGCACCCUAAGCUUCCGUUCGAGGAGGGGAAGAUCGUUAAUCUCCACGCCACCCACGUCGGCGAUACCUCUAAGCCUAAACCCGGCGUUCGUGGAAGCCUAAAGAAAUAAAAUAAUAUGAAAUCUCUCCAAUUUGGGAACCCCCUCACUCUUUUGAUCGAACCUUUUUUGUUUUUCCAUUUUUUUUUCUUUUAAAGUUGGUGUCUUUUGGGGGAUAUCGAGUGAUUUGAUAUUAUGGGUAUGCUUAAGCUUAAUUGUGUUUCCUGAUCUUGGUUGUAGUUACUUUGAUGAUGAUGAUAAUGGUCUAUGUACUAUGUGAAGAGAAGGGUUCUUUUGGUUUGAAGGGAUUUAAACUUUGGUGGUUAUUGAUUUUGAGGCCCUUCUUUUCUAAGCCUGGAAUGUAUAUUAGUUAACUCAUAAUGGCUGUUAAGAUGUUUUUGAGCUUAACUUCUUGUCCUCCUCAUAAUAUUUAUCUUAAUUU